CCAAGAAUCUGACCAUUUCGGGGUCAAGCAAAUCGGAGACGCGAAGUGAAAACAAAAAAAGUGUAUUGAGGUUUGGGGAUCGCGACUGUGUUUUGGAGAAUGGAGGUUCCAGGUUCAUCGAAAAAGAUGAUCGCAACGCAGGAAGAGAUGGUUGCAGCUAAAGUACCGCUUGGUUACAGAGAUCAGUGUGCUCAUCUCCUAAUUCCGCUCAACAAAUGUCGUCAGGCUGAGUUUUUCCUUCCAUGGAAGUGCGAGGACGAGCGUCACGUCUACGAGAAGUGCGAAUACGAGCUCGUCAUGGAGAGAAUGCUCGCGAUGCAGAAGAUCCGUGAGGAAGAAGCCAAGGCUAAACAGAAUAAAGUACAAGGGAAUGGUGUUCCUCUUAUCCCUAAAACCGCUAAUGCUUAGCCCUUGAUUCGAUCUCCGAUUGGCCGAUUCCAGCUUUCCGGGAUUCUCUGGAACUGUGAAGAAGGUGGGGCUCUGCUUUUCAGUAUUUUCUUCUUGUUAGUGAUGAAAAAAUUUGUUGCUACAUUUUCAGAUGUGUGUAUGUUCAAGAUUCUCACUUUUUUCUUCUUCAUCUUGUUAACUUUGAAGUUUUUCCCCAAUAAAUAAGGUCCAAACUCAUGUC